AUCCACACUGGGCAAAAGUAUCAAAAUUGGCCUGGAUGGAAGACUUAAUUUUUAGGAUUUUCUAUCCAGGAAGUCCAUAUUUAGUUGUGCUGUUUUGAUAUCUGUUUUUUUGGCUUAUUUUCAUUUUAUCACAUACAGAUAAAUGCCGAGGGGGUUUAAUGUUCUUUGUUUUUGUUUUCAUUGUGUUGGUGUUUCUUUUGCAGGCUCUUCUUGCUGGUGAUUACUCCCAAGGGAAGUACGCUCAAUCACGCCAAGUGAUUUACAAAGUUCUACAGAUCGGUUUACUAACAGGAGUAGCGUUGGCCAUCAUUUUGUUCCUCAGUUUUGGAGCACUUUCUAGCUUAUUUAGCAUAGAUUCUGAAGUUCUGGCAAUUGCGAGGUCCGGUACCUUGUUUGUAGCUGGAUCUCAGCCAAUGAAUGCUAUCGCUUUUGUUCUUGAUGGGCUCUACUAUGGAGUUUCAGACUUCAGCUAUGCUGCAUAUUCCAUGGUGCUGAUUGGACUGAUCUCUUCGGUGUGCUUAUUUGUGACUUCUUCUGUCUUUGGUCUUGCUGGAGUUUGGGCAGGGUUGUUUCUCUUUAUGACGUUGCGUGUGGUAGCCGGAAUCGUGAGGUUAGGUUCAAAAAGUGGACCAUGGAAAUUAGUUUGGUCUGAUAUGGAGCAAGAAGGUAGCUGAGCUGCAUAUGAAUAACAUAACUAGAAUUUUUCAUUACUUACCCAACGUGAAGAAUUCCAUCAGGCUCAUGGGCCAUGAAAAUUUGAAGCUGUCCCCAAAUUUAGCGGACAUCAGGCAACUGAACUGCAUCAAUGCCUAAGCCACAGUUGCUAGAAGAUGCGGCCAAUUGAGAACACAUUCGUUGUCCAGUGUUUUAUUGGAAACAACAGAGAUGCUAAUGCUUGCAGAUGCAAAAUAUUUUCUUUCCAAGCUGCUUUUUCAUCACUGAUUAGAUCUGAAUAUACAAUGUUUCCAUUCAAUUUAUUGUUUUGAAGUUAGAACUGACUAGAAAAAAGGUGGUAAUCAAUGAAAGCAGAACUUUUUUACUUUUGGGGGGUUAUGUGAACCUUUUUUUUCUUAAUCUUGUAAUUAUUGUGCAGACAGAUUAAACUAUGCAUAUUAGGAGAAUGUGAUUAUCAGUUCUGAUGUGUGUUUCCUAAAAUUUACAGAUAGUGGUAAUAACUUUUGAG